AUGUCCAUGUAUCCGCAUCGCGCCAUGGGCGCGGUGCCCCCCAAUAACUCGGCCCGCCUCAACGAGCUCCUCGACCAGAUCAGGUCUGAAUUCGACUCGCAGAUGCGCACGACUGAGGGAUAUGAGCACCAGAUCCAAGCUCAAGUCCAGGAAAUGCAGCUUGUCAGAGAAAAGGUUUACGCGAUGGAACAGGCGCAGAUGAAUCUGAAGCAAAAGUACGAGGAAGAAAUUGCCAUGCUCCGUCGCCAACUCGAGGGAGCUCGCGGAAACGCGCCCCCCAGCAUCGGCGGCCCUCCUCCUCACGCCGGCCCGUCGCAACAGCCCCCCUCCAUCGCGCCUGGCAAUGGCCUCUUCAACGGCAUCAUGACCGGCGGCGGCCAGGGCCAGCUGGCCCCUCCCCCCCCUCCUCCGCCCCAGGACCAGCAGAUGGGACCGCAGCAUCAGAUGGCUCAAGGCCCUCCCGGACUGCCCGUCCCGCCUCCCCCUCCUCCUCCGCAAUCGCAACAGCCUCCUUUUCAGCAAUAUCCCCAGGGCCCUGUAUCCAACGGCCUCGCAUCGCAACCUCCUCAGAGCACCGCGUCGCCUGGCCCCGGUAGACGGGGGAUCGGUAGGCCGCCUGCCGCUGUUGGCCCGGCUACUCCCCAGAUCAACACCCCGAUCCCGUUCCCCGGUGCGACGCAGUCGCCCCAGGUCAGCCACCCGACGCCCGACCACGCGCGCAUGGGGGGCCCCCAUGCUCCCCCGGUGGGAAACGCUCUUGGAGACCUUGAUCCCGAUCGCCUACCCCCUCACUCCAAGAAGUCUGGCCACGACUGGUUUGUCAUCUUCAACCAGCACGUUCCUCGCAUGCUGGACGUCGAUCUGGUGCACACUCUUGCUCACGAGAGCGUUGUCUGCUGUGUGCGCUUUAGCCACGACGGCAAAUACGUCGCCACCGGAUGCAACCGAUCCGCCCAAAUUUACGACGUCCAGUCUGGCGAGAAGCUCUGCGUCCUCCAGGAUGACAGCGUUGACAUCACUGGCGACCUCUACAUCAGGAGCGUCUGCUUCAGCCCCGAUGGCAAGUAUCUUGCUACCGGUGCCGAGGACAAGUUGAUCAGAGUUUGGGAUAUUCAGUCCAGGCAGAUCCGGAACACCUUCUCCGGUCACGAGCAAGACAUUUACUCUCUAGACUUCGCCCGCGACGGUCGCACGAUUGCCUCCGGAAGUGGGGACAGAACCGUCCGUCUUUGGGAUAUCGAGCAGGGCACCAACACCCUCACCCUCACGAUCGAGGACGGUGUUACCACUGUCGCCAUCUCCCCCGAUACCAAGUAUGUCGCCGCCGGCUCCUUGGACAAGAGCGUCCGCGUUUGGGACAUUCACCAGGGCUAUCUGCUGGAGCGUCUCGAGGGCCCCGACGGCCACAAGGACAGUGUUUACAGCGUGGCAUUUUCGCCCAAUGGCAGGGAUCUUGUCAGUGGUAGUCUGGACAAGACCAUCAAGAUGUGGGAGCUCAGCACGCCUCGAGGCCUGCCGAACCCCGGCCCUAAGGGCGGUCGCUGCGUCAAGACUUUCGAGGGCCACAGGGACUUUGUUCUCUCUGUUGCUCUCACUCCUGACGCUGCUUGGGUCAUGUCUGGCUCCAAGGACCGCGGUGUGCAAUUCUGGGACCCUCGCACCGGAGCUACGCAGCUCAUGCUCCAGGGCCACAAGAACUCCGUUAUUUCAGUCGCACCGAGUCCGACGGGUGGCUAUUUCGCUACCGGCUCCGGAGACAUGCGGGCUCGCAUCUGGUCAUACCGCAGCGUUCAAUAG